GGAGACUUUUCUACUGAACAAAGAAACCAACAGGAGAGAUCAGAGUCAGAGAUUCUCAGUGUUCAGUCUUCCCAGAGUCAUCAAACAGACCUGGCCUCCAUAUUCAGUUUGCUUGAAGAGAAAAUUAUGACAUUUGUGAAAAACGAGCUGAAGAUGUUCAAGAGGAUUCUUAGUCCAGAACUCCCAGAAGGCUUUGAGAGUCAGAAGCAGGAUAAGGAAGUGGUGGAUGCUGAAGAUGAGCAGCAGGAGAGCAGUGCCAGAGAGGGGCUCUGAAGAUCACACUGCACGUCCUGAGGAAAAUGAACCAGAAGGAGCUUGCUGACACACUGGAGAAAUAUGAACUUGCUGUGAUUUGCCAACGUGAACUCAAAUCUAAUCUAAAGAAGAAGUUUCAAUGUGUAUUUGAGGGGAUCGCUAAACAAGGAAACCCAACACUUCUCAAUAAGAUCUACACAGAGCUCUACAUCACAGAGGGUGGAACAGGAGAGGUCAAUAAUGAACAUGAGCUGAGACAGAUUGAGACAACAACCAGGAAACAAGCAAGACCAGAGACUCCAAUCAAAUGUAACGACAUCUUCAAACCCUUAACUGGACAAGACAAACUUAUCAGAACUGUGCUGACAAAGGGAGUCGCUGGUAUUGGAAAAACAGUCUCUGUGCAGAAGUUCAUUCUGGAUUGGGCUGAAGGAAAAGCAAAUCAGGAUGUCCAAUUUGUAUUUUCAUUCCCUUUCCGGGAGCUGAAUUUGAUGAAAUUGGAAAACACUUUCAUUGAACUUCUCAAUCACUUCUCAAUGGAAACCAAAAAAUCAAUAAUCUCCAACUACAACAAGUACAAAGUUGUGUUCAUCUUUGAUGGUCUGGAUGAGUGCCGACUGCCCCUAGACUUCAAGAAGAACAAGAUCUGUUGUGACGUCACAGAGUCAACCUCAGUGGAUGUUCUGCUGACAAAUCUCAUCAAGGGAAAUCUGCUUCCCUCUGCUCUCCUCUGGAUAACUACCCGACCUGCAGCAGCCGAUAAGAUCCCUUCUGGGUUUGUUGACCAGGUGACAGAGGUACGAGGGUUCAAUGACCCACAGAAGGAGGAGUACUUCAGGAAGAGAUUCAGUGAUGAGGACCUGGCCAGCAGAAUCAUCUCACACAUAAAGACAUCAAGGAGCCUCCACAUCAUGUGCCACAUUCCAGUCUUCUGUUGGAUUUCUGCAACAGUCCUUGAACACAUGCUGAAACACAAGAGAGAAGAGAUGCCCAAGACUCUGACUGAGAUGUACACACACCUUGUGAUGUUUUAUACCAAACAGAAGAAUGAAAAAUAUCUUGGGACAGAAGAGACAGGUCCACACUGGAAUAAAGAGAGCAUUCUGUCACUGGGAAAACUGGCUUUUCAACAGCUUGUGAAUGGCAAUCUGAUUUUCUAUGAAGAAGACCUGAAAGAGUCUGGCAUUGAUGUCAAUGAAGCCUCAGUGUACUCAGGAUUGUGUACACAGCUCUUUAAAGAGGAACGUGGGCUGUACCACGACAAGGUGUACUGCUUCGUGCAUCUGAGCAUUCAGGAGUUUCUGGCUGCUGUAUAUGUGUUCCUCUCAUUCAUCAACAACAAUGAGAAUGUAAUGGACAAACUGAGGACAACGUCCAGGAAACUUUCUGUGAGGAUCAAACAAAGGCGUAAAGUUACUGUCUACAAGAGUGCUGUGGAUAAAGCCUUACAAAGUGAGACGGGAAACCUGGACCUUUUCCUCCGCUUCCUUCUGGGCCUCUCACUGGAGUCCAAUCAGAAGCACUUACGAGGUCUACUGACAAAGACAAGAAGCAGCUCACAGAGCCACGAAGAAACAGUCAAGUACAUCAAGAAGAAGAUCAGGAAGAAUCCCUCUCAGAGAGGAGCAUCAAUCUGUUCCACUGUCUGAAUGAACUGAAUGACCAUUCUCUAGUGGAGGAGAUCCAAAGCUACCUGAGAUCAGGAAGUCUCUCAAAACCCAACCUGUCACCUGCACAGUGGUCAGCUCUGGUCUUUGUGUUGCUGACUUCAGAAAAGGAGCUGGAUGUGUUUGACCUGAAGAAAUACUCCAGAUCAGAGGAAGGUCUUCUGAGGCUGCUGCCAGUGGCCAAAGCCUCCAGAGCUGUUCUGCUGUCAGGCUGUGGAGUCACAGAGGAAGGCUGUGCUUCUCUGGUCUCAGCUCUGGAGUCAAACCCCUCACACCUGAGAGAGCUGGAUCUGAGUAACAAUGAACUGAAGGACUCAGGAGUGAAGCUGCUCUCUGCUGUACUGGGGAAUCCCCACUGUAAACUGGAGACUCUGAGGCUGUCAGGCUGUCUAGUCACAGAGGAAGGCUGUGCUUCUCUGGUCUCAGCUCUGAGGUCAAACCCCUCACACCUGAGAGAGCUGGACCUGAGCUACAAUCACCCAGGAGACUCAGGAGUGAAGCUGCUCUCUGCUGGACUGGAGGAUCCACACUGCAGACUGGAGAAACUCAAGUAUGUAGAGGGUUCAUGUCAA